AUGAUGGGUGACGCCACCCAUGCAACCAGUCCCUUCCAGGGUGCUGGUGCAGGACAGGCAAUCGGAGAUGCCUUGGUCUUGUUAACUCUCUUUCUGCCGGUUACAACCCAGGCACAGAUCAAACCAACACUGACUGCGUACGACAGCGUGAAACGACUGCGGUCCCAGAAAGUUGUUGCCACCAGUCGCGGUGCAUUAAAGCUGUUCUGUUUCAACGACGGCUAUGUAAAGGGAGACAGACAGCGCUGGAAGAAAACAUGGGAUGGCCGGAUGGACUGGCUUCGGGGAGUUGAUUUGCUGAAGCAGGAUGAGGAGGCACUUAAUGCAUAUGGAAACAGCAUUAAGAGGCAGCCUUCUGCUUCGAAGGGAAUGCUCUAA